AUGUCCACGACCGUAGGCCGCUCGUCAGCGGCAUUCUCAAAGGCCUCCGGAUCACGCUGCAAGGGUCCGACCACCCAGGUUGAAUUCGGAGAACAAAAGGUCGAUGUCCCUAAAGGCGGUUACUACGACCGAUAUCGCAUGAACCCAAACCUCGACGAGGUCGCCCGCGAUCCAGCUGUCGGACCUGAUAUCGACUUCUUCCGGAACACCCCAAAGAAGCUGGUCGAUUCGAGGGUGGGAAGAAUAUACGCACCCAACUUCUAUUAUCGCACUAGCAGCGUCCAGCUCGUCUUUCUUGCGCCCCUAGACCGCUUGCAGUCGAAGCUCCCGUCACCAUUAGAGCCCAUUACAGCAUUGCCCGGUUACGGUUUGGUUGCCUUGACGUUCUACUCGUACCUUGUCUGCGACAAUGACCCUUACAACGAGGUCUCGAUCGCCGUCAUCGUCCGUCAGCCCGGUCAAAAUAGUUACAGUACGACCCAACUCCUCAGCUCCGUAUGGAACCGGACCUUCUACGGACACGUGUUGGCUCUACCCGUCGAUACCGAGAUCGCUCGAGUACGAGGUGUAUACGGAUACCAGUUCCCCAAAUGGCUCGCCAACAUCAAUGUGGAGAUGGACGACCACAACAUCAAGGCUGAGUUGACUGCGACCGAUGGGACACCCGAUUUGACCCUGGACGUACCCCUUCCGGCCUUGAGGACGAUCACAUCCCAAUCGUCGAUCGGGACCAACAUCGCGAUCAACAAGAUUGACGGGAAAUGGUACGAGGUGGCAGUUCAGACCAACCCACUCCUGGGGGCACAACGUCUUCUCCCUGGGAAUGUCACGCUCUCUCGGAGUGAAGGUCCAUUGAGUAAGCUGCUCAACGAAUUGGGCGUUUCGACCAUCGUACGGAUGGACGUCCUCAAGGAUGCGCAGAUGGUCUUGAACAUGCCCACACCCUUGGAGGCAUUCCAUUAA